AUGCAGCAGCAACACCGUGAAAGGAAGGCUCACCGCUCCAAAGAUACCAAGGUGAAACUGAAGCGCAACCAAAGAACCUACGCAAAAAUCCUCGAGUACCAUACUGUUCUCAAGGAGGAAAAAAGCAACAAUACGUUCUAUCAGAGUGGCACAGCUAUGGAUGAUGACGAUGUUGAAGCAGGCGAAAGUCCUAGAAAGAAGAGGAAAACGGGUGAGAAAUCUCCAACCGGAGAAAAGCCUGAUGGAAUGAAGGAAGACAACUGGUGCAAGUCUUGUCUACAGUGGGGGCAUAAGAGGAGCAACAGCACGUUGUGCCCUAACAACAAAAAGAAAAAAGCACCGGUGUUGGCGAACAUGCCAAGUGUCGAGGAAUUAGAGGCCAUGACAGAAGCAGAAUGCGUCUCGGUACAGAUGGCGGCGCUAGAUUCCGUGGCUCUAGAAGAAGAAGAUGACGAGGCAGUGGAUGACUUGCUAUUGGAGCUAAUGGAAAUAGAGGAGGAUGAUUGA